GCUCAGCUGGCGGGGUGUUGUCGGUCUCCAUACAUGCUCUCUGUCAUGCUAGCUGCACACUUUGAUCCGCAAUGCCCUCCUCUGUGGCUGUUUUUUCCUGCAUCGGCUAUAGGAAGCUCAUUCCCUGGUUGCUAGGGCAACCAAGGUGGAUGGCCCCCAGCAAGGGCCGGGUAAGCCUUGGGCUGCCUUUCUGCUCGUCGCUGUGCGGCAUGCCUGCUGACCUGCUGCUGGCUAGGAGGAGGAGCCAACUCUGCAGAGGAGCUUCUCCCUGCCCAGUAUGGGUCCCGCCGCCACGCUGCCCCACUAUGAGACAGAGCUCCAGCGUUAGAGCUCCUUUCUCCCUCUGCUGGCCGCUGCACAGCUCUGACUUGCUUUGCUCCAGCAGUAACAGGAGCACAGGCAGCAAGAUGUCAUCCUCUUCUUCCACCUCCUCCUCCAACAAUGAUGGACAAGGGAAGCCUAAACCUAAAUCCCCGUUUCGUAAGAGGGGGAGCCUGCAGAGCACCACCAGCCCUGACCUGUGUGGUGCAUCCGGGCCCAAGCCAAUCAAGCCCCAGAGAUCACUUCCAGGGACACCUGUUUCUAUCACACACUACCCAAUCGACCUGCGAACAUCCAUGGAGGAAAAAUACAAAGAGAUUGCUGAGGAGCUGUUCACACGCAGCAUGACAGAGAGUGAGAUGCGAAGUGCACCGUAUGAGUUCCCGGAGGACAGCCCCAUUGAACAGCUGGAAGAGCGACGGCACCGCCUAGAGAGGCAAAUCAGCCAGGACAUCAAGCUUGAGCCAGAGAUUUUGCUCCGCGCCAAACAGGACUUCAUGAAAAUCGACAGUGCUGCAGACCUAGAGUUAUUGAAUGAGAAGAGUUUUGACACUGUUGAUGAUGGCUUUAAGGAAAGGGCAUUGCCAAUGGAGAGAGAAUACCAGCGGGUUUCAAUAUCUGGAGAGGAAAAGUGCGGGGUGCCAUUCACUGACCUGGUAGAUGCUGCAAAGUGUGUGGUGAAGGCAUUAUUCAUACGGGAGAAGUACAUAAAGCGAUCCAUGCAAUCCUUUUGUAAGACCACAGCUAAUGCUCUGCAGGACCUCGGGAUGAAGCCUCUGGAUCUCACAGACUAUGACGACAUAGCAGAGACCCCUGUAGAUGCUGAUGCCCCCGUUCACCCACCUGUCUCAAAGACACAUCCGUAUGACAAUGACCCGAAGAAUUUGCCAGCAGACACAGGAUAUGGUUGCAAGAUGGUGGGUGGAGUCGUCCACGUCUACACCAAGAAAACCAACAUGGACAAAAGCACAGAACUGGACCUGCCCUAUCCUGACCUGACGGAGUAUAUUGGAGACAUGAAUGUCAUGAUGGCCCUCAUUAUCAACGGCCCAGUGAAGUCUUUCUGCUACCGCCGCCUGCAGUACCUGAGCUCUAAAUUCCAGAUGCACAUCCUCCUGAAUGAGAUGAAGGAGCUGGCAGCUCAGAAGAAAGUUCCACAUAGAGACUUCUACAACAUACGAAAGGUGGACACACACAUACACGCAUCAUCCUGCAUGAAUCAGAAGCACCUGCUGCGGUUCAUCAAGAGAUCCAUGAAGAAAUACCCAGAGGAGAUCGUUCACAUCGAGCGUGGCCGCGGCCAGACCCUCAAGGAGGUGUUUGAGAGCAUGAACCUGACGGCCUUUGACCUGAGUGUAGACACUCUUGACAUGCAUGCGGACCGUAAUACCUUCCAUCGGUUUGACAAGUUCAACGCCAAAUACAACCCCAUCGGAGAAUCCAUCCUGAGAGAGAUCUUCAUCAAGACUGACAACUGCAUUGAAGGAAAAUACUUUGCACACAUAGUCAAGGAGGUAAUGUUUGACCUGGAGGAGAGUAAGUACCAGAACUCUGAGCUACGCCUGUCCAUCUACGGACGCUCCAGGGACGAAUGGGAUAAGCUGGCUCAGUGGGCCCUCAAACAUCGCGUGUACUCAGAUAAUGUGCGCUGGCUUGUCCAGGUGCCCCGACUUUUUGAUGUUUACAAAACAAAGAAGCAGCUGGCUAAUUUCCAGGAGAUGUUGGAGAAUAUCUUCAUGCCUCUGUUUGAAGUCACGAUCGACCCGCGCAGUCAUCCUGAGCUGCAUCUCUUCCUGGAGCAUGUGGUGGGCUUUGACAGCGUGGACGACGAGUCUAAACCGGAGCACCACAUCUUCAAUCUUGACAGUCCACUGCCAGAAAACUGGACAGAAGAAGCCAACCCUCCUUACUCCUACUACCUCUACUACACUUAUGCCAACAUGACUGUGCUCAACCACAUGCGAAGGCGGAGAGGCUUUCACAUGUUUGUGCUGCGACCUCACUGUGGUGAGGCGGGUCCGAUGCACCACCUGGUGUCAGGCUUCAUGUUGUCAGAGAACAUCUCCCACGGACUGCUGCUUAGAAAGGCCCCGGUGCUGCAGUAUCUUUACUACCUGGCUCAAAUUGGCAUCGCCAUGUCACCACUGAGUAACAACAGCCUGUUUCUCAGUUACCAUCGCAACCCGCUGCCAGAGUACCUGUCCAGAGGCCUCAUGAUCUCUCUGUCCACUGAUGAUCCUCUUCAGUUCCACUUCACUAAGGAGCCUCUGAUGGAGGAGUACAGCAUCGCGGCUCAGGUGUGGAAACUAAGUUCCUGUGACAUGUGUGAGCUGGCAAGAAACAGUGUCCUCAUGAGUGGGUUUUCACACAAGGCGAAAAGCUACUGGCUGGGCCCCAACUAUUCUAAGGAGGGUCCUGUGAGCAAUGACAUCCGUCGUACCAACGUCCCUGAUAUCCGCGUGGCGUAUCGCAGCGAGACGCUCUCUGAGGAGCUUCAGCUCAUCACUCAAGCUGUGCACACUGAAGAGCUGGACACCAUCAAUGAGGAGGACUCUCUGUCCAUGGGCCCUCUCCCGGCACAACGCUGAAAACGCAAUAACCAGGACUUGUCCUGUAAAUCCUCAACCCUGUGGUCCACCCAGCAUGACACUGAAGAGACGUGGUGUGAGGGUAAUUCAACACUAACCAUCACUAUAGAAGUAUGCCGCACACAGAGCUACACAGCUACCAAAAAGCCAAGGAUACAGAGCUGCCAGAGCACUUCAGCUUCUUCAUUCUUCUGUGUUUUUGUGUUUGAAUCAUUUUUAGGUUUCAGAAAAGGACUUUAACCCCAUAUUGUUAAAAUUCCAAACGCAUAGUCAGUGUUUUCCCUAGAUCAUUUUAUAACUGCUGUUCUCUGCAGCAUGGUCUGAUAGUUUCUGCAGAUAGUUUAAAGAAGGUUAGCAGAGAUGACCACCUCCGGUGAUUCUUGUGAAUGAAAAGCAGAGAAACACUCGUCCAUGACUCUCCAUGAUGUCCUUCCAAAAGCCAUCAGAUGAUCCCUGUGAGCGCAUGUUAUAAUUCACCUGACACAUUACAUAGCAUGUAGUAUCUCUGUAGUAUUUGUGUACUACAGAAACACUGACAACCAACAACAACCUGCUCUGAACUGAACCUAGUGCAUUGAUCAUCUUUAUUAUACAACCUUGUAAUGAAGGAUUACAGAUCUAGUUUUAUUGAAAUAAUAUAGGUGACGGUUGGACGCACAAAACAAACUUUGACAGGUUUCAUGUUUUAAGCCACUUCACGGUGGCUCAAAGCUUGGAGAUGCACAGUAACUAAAUCAGAGAGAAAAGAAUGUAGCUUCUGUCUGAAUGCUGCAGUUCUGGAUAUCAGCCAUGCAUUGUGCUUGGUGUGGUUUCAGGUCAUUUAUUUGCCAAAUUGCACACAAAGAAUCGUUCUUCCGUGAUUUUAAUGAGCUCAGAAAGUGACGUAUAAGGGAGAAACUCCUUCGAGUGGUUGCUAGGAGCAGACUUCCUGGUGGUCGACGGCAGACAUUCCACGAAGCAAACAGUUGUUAUUAGCUCCAAGUGAAUUCAAGUAAAUGUUGAAUAUCAUCUUUGUUUUAUGGUCUAUUUCUACCAACUUUGUUGUAGAAGAUAUACCAAGGGGAAUGGACAUAGUAGAUUUGAAGCACAGCACAAAUAAGUUUGAUGGAUUCUGCAUUGUCGGUAAAGUUCCCCUUAAAGUUGCCUCACUAUGUCUAUGAAUAUAUGGACCCUAACUUCCCUUAUUAUGUCCCUGAGUUCACUCAUUCCAUAUGGACAAACUAGAAAGUCAUGGAGUUUCUCCUCCUUUGCAUGCGGUGCACUGUACGUAUGCACCGAGCCAGGACUUCACAGUGCCUUUUCAUUUGUAGCUUUGGGCUAAAAAUGCCCCGUUUCGGUCUUUAUCACCUGUAUUGCAUAUGUUCGCCUCUAUGCUGUUGAAAUAUCCGCACCGAUGGAACUGAAACCACCUAGCUGCAUGCUCAGUGUAAAAUAGCUUUUUACAUUGGCCUCCGUUUGACAUGAAAGAUUGUCUUGUUUGUAAUUCUCUGCUAGUGUUUUUCUUUGCUGUGCAUGCCUGCAUGAGUAAUGGAUGGCAGGAGGCAACGCGUUGGUUACAGCGAGCUGUAAUUUAUAGCAUCUUACUAAUUCAGGGCUGCCGACCCGCUUUUCUGAGUCAGAAAUCUGUUUGCAGUAAACAGAUUUAAAUUCAGCAUUGUUCACCAUGUAGAAAGGAGCAAACCAUGCUGGGACAUGGUAACAACUGUUGCAUGGUUCUUGUAGCAUUUUGCUGUUUUAAUUCCACCCAAAAUCUGAUCAAUGCUGGGAUCACAUUUCAUAUUGAACCCGUCUUCAUGUUAUCACACCACUCUACCUGCCGCUGAACACGGUCCAACUGUGAGCAUUCUUCUCCAACCUUGAUGCUACUGUUGAUUAAUAUUUGAAUCAGAAACCGUCAGCCUUUUUAUUUGAAUAACCAACUGUUAUGUAUCAGUAUAUUCAUGUUUUGCUUUAUAGAUGAUUAGGAUGAAAGAUGAGAACCUGCAUUUGUUCAGCAAGAAUACAGUAGCUGUGUGUUCAAGGGAUGCACCCGAGUCCUGUGCUGAACACGGUGAGAUGUGUUCACCAUGUCUGUUGGAUUUCAUGUAUAAAGUGUAUUUUUUUAAGGGGGAUAUAGAGAUAAGAAAUUUUAUAUUCACACUAUAUUGAUGUCAAGGUUUAACACUUGUUUUGUUGCCAUUGAUCAUUGUGAAUUAGCUUUAUGUCACAAAACUAGAUUUUAAAUACGAUUUGAUUGUUGUUAGUCUUUUUCUUAUUAUUUUACAGUAGAUGUUCUUCUUCACACUUUGUUUUUUAUUCCUGAUCAUUCUUAGCACAUUAUUCAUUAUUGUUCAAUAGGUACUUGAUAGAUACCAUUAUAGAUAGCCAGUCCAACACCGACACACACACAUAAAAACUACCAAUCGAUUUUAUAUCACUUCAAUAGAGUCGUUUUUCUGAUUAGUUUUUUUGGUUGCAAAGACUCAUUGCAACCAUUGAUCUACAUUGAGUUGUCCAAUAGCAUCAGUCCAUAGACGAAAGCACAAAGUAUAAUUAUGUUCAAUUAUUGCAGCUUCAUUCUGUCAAUGGCCUUUCUUAGUUUGAAUGUUUAGCGGCCAUAUUUUUGACUACUUUCAACAUUUUGUGAGGUAAUUAUGGGAAUAAAUGUUUGAUGGCAACGCUUGAGAUGCAUUGAGAGACAAUGAGAAUCUGGACCGACCUAAACCUUUUCCGUCCACUCAUCUUUACAACCGGUCCCUUUCAUGGUUUCAUGUUGUCUUUUACAUUCGCCACAGAGACACUUGUCUGCACUCACAACAUAGUGCAGUCUACCUCACAAAUAUUAGUCGUCAUGUUGCUGCUCUGUGUUGCCCUUAGCAACAGCACACCACAACUUAUGAUUAUUUUCUAGGGCAGUCCUCGACCAAAGACAUUUUUAGUCGAUUAACAGUCAUACGAUUUCGUCAACUGAUUGAUUAGGUGAUUCAAUUUAAUUGACAGAUCUGUAAAACUGAGUUUCUCCGUAGUAAAGCACCACUUUGAAUCUUUUGUUAACCAGAGAUUUGCUCAUAAGUUUCUUGGAAAUUAGUCAUUUAACAUUAAAGGCAUAGAAAAAUGGCUAAUCAACUCAAGAAAUGUUAGUCAACUAAGACCAAAACAACUGAUUAGUCGAUUAAUCAACUAAAAGGGGGCAUUCCUAUUAUUUCAUUCAUUUACUAUUUGUAUUGUUUUGUCUAUAAAAUAUGAAAAACUAUGAAAUAUAGCCAUCAUAAUUUUCUGUAUUGAUGUAUUCAAAUUGUUUGUUUCAGUUUGUAACAGUCCACUACAACUAGAGACAAAUAAGAAAAAGCAACACAUGUAAUUUCACAUUUAAGAAGCUUGAACCAUAACAUUGGUCGUUUUUACUUACUUGAUCAUCACAAUUGUUGCUUAUUAUUUUUUUAACGAUCAAUUAAUUGUUUAAAUCCAGUAGAUAAUGGCGCAUGAGAAGUGAUUCACAAGAGAUAGAACAGCUGAGACCAUUUAAAGAUACAAUUUUAACUGAGAAGUAACACAAAAACACAAAAACUAACCAGUUAUUCAAAUAAGACAGAUAUAUAGUUCACAUUGAUUUAUUUCUAUUUACUAGCUUCAAUGUGCAUUAAUAACCAAAUAAGAAGUAUUCUGAUGUUCACACUCAAGAUACAUUUUUUUGUUCCGCUGAUAUUUUUGUGUUUUUACACAAUCUGGUCACUUUUAGACAUGGGAUUUUUACUUUUUCUUAAUUUUAUCUCCAUUGCUCUAGCCAUAUUAUUGCCUGAAAUGGAUUGCCAGUGUUCAGCAGAUGCUUCUGAUAAGGUUCAUGUGUAAUGUCUGAACAAUGAAAUAAAGCAUGUUUAUUCACGAAAAACGCUGU